UCUGGUGCCAAACAUUCUUGCGAGUGUGUGUGUGUUGGUAUGACGUUGCUUAUCCUUAUGAGUGCUCGUUUUCCAGAUGAAUUCGGUGUGAUGAAUAAAGUCUUUGAGCUGCGCACACGUCACUCAUGCUAGUUUCAGCCAUUUCUGUCACCAAUCACAGGCAUGUGCGUGAAUGCGCCCUGAAGCACCGUGGCCAAACAUCGCUGCGCAGCCAACCAGUAGCUUUGACGUCAAUGAAUGAAUUCCCACAUUCGACGUGGCCAAGAGCGAGCCACGCCCCGACGUGGCCCUGAUUGCUCAUUCGACACCGGUGGGCGGACCAUGGACUUCUCUCUGCGCCUAUUGGCUGAGCAUCACGCAAGAACACGCCAGCAUUCCAGACUCAGACCGCGCGCUGCCGCUGAUCUUCACCUGCAGCGCCCGCUGACCUCCACAGCCGCCCCUGCCAUCCGGAGCACCCAGGCUCGCGCUGGUCGCCCGCUAACCUCACCGACAACUUCGCCACAGCCAUGCCUGGAGGUCGCCCCUGCUAGGAGUGGUCUCCGUUCGCAAACGUUCCCCUUUCUGUGUCUGUGUGAUGGCGGCAGAAGUCCCAACCCCGGUUACGGUUGCCGGGCCCUCCAGGGUGUGGUGUAGGCGGAGCCGGAAGGUGGGAGUGGCCGACAUAUUUGUGGGCGUGUCUGUGCGCGAGCUGCAGCAUCUGUUUCGCUCGUCAGGCGAUGACGAGGCCGAGCAACGAGCACAGGUGGUGUGGGGCAGGGGCGACCCUGCAGAACUCACCCAGGCGCUCAUGGGAUUGCGUGCAAGGGGGCGGAGAAACCGGAGUUCUCGUCACACACUUGGCCCCCGCUGGCUACGAGCCUUUGGACACCUCAGGAUCAGUGAGAAUUCUACGAGUGGAGACAACAACAAAGAUAAGGAGGGUGAAGCUCAGACACACUCUGAUGGAGACACCGCUCCCACUCACACACACACACAAACACACACACACACACACUCUCCAGAGAGCAAAGGAGGGGGGGGGGUCAGGAAGGGGCAAGAGGAGGCCCACUCAGGAGGGGACACCCAGACUGCCCCCUCCCUCACUAGCAGAGUGGGCCUAGCACUGCGCCGAGGGGGCGAAGGAAACCCUGAACGCUACCUCCACCGCAUCAUACACUAACACACACACACACACUUAGCACUGCACCGAGGGGGCGAAGGGAACCCUGAACGCUACCUCCACCACAUCAUACACUAACACACACACACACACACACACACACACACACACACACACUUAGCACUGCACCGAGGGGGCGAAGGGAACCCUGAACGCUACCUCCACCACAUCAUACACUAACACACACACACACACACACAUACACACACACACACACUUAGCACUGCGCCGAGGGGGCGAAGGGAACCCUGAACGCUACCUCCACCACAUCAUACACUAACACACACACACACACACACACACACACACACACACACACACACACACUUAGCACUGCGCCGAGGGGGCGAAGGGAACCCUGAACGCUACCUCCACCGCAUCAUACACUAACACACACACACACACACACACACACACACACACACACACACACACUUAGCACUGCACCGAGGGGGCGAAGGAAACCCUGAACAAUACCUCCACCGCAUCAUACACUAACUAACACACACACACACGUUUCCAUAUGGAAUACGUCUCUUCCACAGGUUGACGUGUGUGUUUCCAUAAGGGCUGUGUGAGCGUGCACUGUUCCCUGGGUGGGUCCAUAUGUUCCAUAGCAUGUUGUGUUCUGCUGAUGGUUCCAUAUGGAACAUGUGUUCUGCUGAUGGUUCCAUAUGGAACAUGUUGUGUUCUGCUGAUGGUUCCAUAUGGAGCAUGUUGUGUUCUGCUGAUGUUUUGGAAUGAAGAGUCAAGAUGCUGCUGUAGAAUGCUGGGUCCUUUCUA